GGCAGCCGGCGAGCCGCGCUCAUUCCUUAGGUGGGACGGACACGUAGCGAGACAUACGUGUGCGCAUCGUUCACAGUAUUCCCCUUCCGUAUCCUGUUCGCGAUCGAGCUGUGCGAACCGACGAGCGCGAGUCAAGUCGUUCUUCAAGUGGGUUCAGUGAGAGACACGAGGAAGACAGUGCUACGCGAGCGAAAACAUGGCCGACAGUGGUAUCAAGCGCAACAUUCCCAUCAAGCUCGGUGAUUUUAGCGUAAUCGACACCGAGUUCUCCAACAUACGCGAGCGUUUCGACGCCGAGAUGAAAAAGAUGGAGGACGAGAUGUCGCGGUUCCGCAGCGAGCUGAUGAACCGCGAGAGCAACAACUUCUUCAAAAGCACCACCAGUAUUGAUCUUUCUUCUGGAUUUGCUCUCCGCCGGCACGGAUCGUCAAUACGAUCUACGAUGAUCCUGGACGAGGAUCUCUAUCCGCCCAGACAUAAAACGGUGAUCAAGUUUCGUCGGCAUCACUCGAGCACCAGUGAGCACCGUACGUCGACGACCUCGAAGACCGAAGGUUGGGACAAGACCGAUCCUGCAGCACCGCCAAAACGUUCCGCGUUCGACUGCUUCAAAAGUACCACCACGCAACAGAGCACCCAAAACAGCAGCUCCUUGAGUCCUCAGCAUGAUCAUGCCUGGCUGGAUGGCCUCAACAGCCCCCUCAUCCAGGAUGAGGGUGACAACAAGAUGCUGAAGCUGCGCUUCGAUGUUUCGCAGUACACGCCCGAGGAAAUCGUUGUCAAGACUGUGGAUAAUAAGUUACUGGUCCACGCCAAGCAUGAAGAGAAGACGGAAAGCAAAUCGGUAUACAGGGAAUACAAUCGGGAAUUCCUGUUGCCGAAGGGAACCAACCCGGAGAGCAUUAAAUCGUCCUUGAGUAAGGAUGGCGUACUCACCGUGGAGGCACCCUUACCAGCGAUUGGCUCAGGCGAGAAAUUAAUCCCGAUCGCGCAUCAGUAAAUUUGCGAGACGAAUCGCGAGAAAAUCGAUUUCCUUCUUUUUAUCCUGCUCCAACCAUCGUGCGACUUAUUCCCCAAAUUUCCAUUGGAAUUCCCUUUCCUUUCCGCAUCCUUUUUCCGCGCAUCCAUUAUAACAAUCCCUCUCGAUAUAAAUCGAUUUAUCUGCGCGAGAAAGUGACCAAUUUUAACUGAAUAGCGAAAACAGCGAUCGCACUAAAGGUCGCGUAUCGACUCACAUUAACUAAAAGGGAAAGUCAAAACGUAAAUCAAUGUCAAAGUGCUAUAAAAAAGCAAAAAUUCAAACAUAUUUGAUAAGGUGUUUUUCUUUUUCAUACGAGCGGCUUUAUUCCUUUGAUACAACAAAGUAUUUCAGAUUUCCUUGUAGAGAAUACCGUAACUUUUUUCAAAAACAUGCAUUGCCUUGUGAAAAAAUGUAUUUCUAGUUAGAUGUUUUCCGAAAAGCUGUGAAAACUGUACCGCUUAUACAAAUAUACAUAUAUACCUG